UUUCUCAAUUCUUCUCCUUUAUUUUUUAAAUGAAACAAUCAAUAUCCCUCUUUUAUUAAAUUAUCACUUUAUAUUAAUCCAUUUUCAAGUCUAUUUCUCUCUAUACACAUAUCUCUAUGUGUCUAUAUAUACUUACAUGAGAAUUUUCCAUACCAAGUCUCGUUGAGCCCUAAAUUUAAAAGUUGCUCUUUUUCCUUUUUUUUUUUUUUUGUUCCUAUUCAUUAUAUAUUUUUUUCUGCUUCUCUCUUUGUGCACUUACAUAUAUUGAGUUAAUCAACAAUUAAUUUAUGGCUAUGGGUGAGCGUGAUGGUAGGAUUAAUAUUAAUAGUGGCAAAGAUGUGCCCGGAAUUAAGCUGUUUGGGGCUACGAUCAUUUUGCAAUAUGGUAGACAACAAGAACAAGUAGUAAAAGAGGAACCAAAUAAGUUCGAAGCGGAGCGUGAUCAUGAUCUAACGGUUGAGAUGAAGAGGCCAGAAAAGAUCAUACCAUGUCCAAGAUGCAAGAGCAUGGAGACUAAAUUUUGUUACUUCAACAACUACAACGUUAAUCAGCCUAGACACUUUUGUAAGGGCUGCCAGAGAUACUGGACGGCUGGCGGGGCCCUGCGAAACGUGCCGGUAGGGGCUGGCCGAAGAAAGGCCAAGCCGCCUUGCCGUGGUGAUCUGGCUGGCUUGCCCGACGAUUGUUUUUAUGGUGAUGCUUCUGAGGUUGUUGGGCAGUUUGACUUGGAUGGAUUAAUGGUAGAAGAAUGGCAUGUAGAAGCCGCCCAAGGUGGUUUCCGCCAUCACUUUCCGGCUGUCAAGCGGCGAAGGAGCGGUUCAGGUAGUCAGACGUGUGCUUAAUAGUUUCAAUUACUGUUUUUUUCUUUUUCUUGGGGUGGUUUGGGAAGUGCCAAUUUUACUUAUUUUUCUCUUGUUUGAGGAAAAAACCAAAACAAGAGUUGUGAUGUAUGUAUCUUCGAUCAUAUUGGUGUACAUAAACAAAUUGAUUGAAAUUAAUCGUCAUCAUUAUUAUUA